AUGAACACGAAUGUGAGCUGUUUAAACAGUUCCAUUCUGGUACCCGGGCCGUUCAUUGUGGAUCGGCCACCCUGGGUGGCAACGACCCUGGCAGGACUGCUCAUAUUUACCAUCGUGAUCGAUAUCCUGGGGAACCUACUCGUCAUCUUGUCAGUUUACAGGAAUAAGAAAUUGAGGAACGCCGGAAAUAUAUUUGUUGUCAGCCUGGCCGUUGCAGAUCUAAUAGUGGCAAUCUACCCAUACCCCAUGGUCUUGACAUCCAUAUUUCACAAUGGCUGGAAUCUGGGCUACAUGCAUUGUCAAAUCAGUGGUUUCCUGAUGGGUGUGAGUGUGAUCGGAUCAAUUUUCAAUAUUACCGGCAUUGCCAUCAAUCGGUAUUGUUACAUCUGUCACAGUCUGAAGUACGACAAGCUCUACAGUGAGAAGAACUCCUUGUGUUUUGUAAUCCUCAUUUGGAUCCUGACAUUUAUCGCUAUCAUACCAAACCUGUUUGUGGGAUCUUUGCAAUAUGACCAGCGAGUCUACUCUUGUACAUUUGUGCAGUCAGUGAGCUCUGCCUACACUGUCUCGGUGGUGUUCUUUCACUUCAUCCUCCCUAUUGCCAUUGUUACCUUUUGCUACUUGAGAAUAUGGGUCCUUGUCAUCCAGGUCAGAAGACGUGUGAAGCCAGUCAUGAAACUCAAGCUGAAGCCCCACGAGUUGCGGAACUUUGUGACAAUGUUUGUGGUCUUUGUACUCUUCGCUGUUUGUUGGGCACCCCUUAAUUUUAUUGGUCUUGCCGUGGCUGUCAACCCAGAUACAAUUGCCCCAAGGAUUCCAGAGUGGCUCUUUGUGGCGAGUUACUUCAUGGCAUAUUUCAAUAGCUGCCUUAAUGCAAUUAUCUAUGGACUUUUGAAUCAGAAUUUCAGAAGAGAGUACAAGAGAAUUAUAAUCUCUCUGUGCACUGCAAGGAUUUUCUUCCCAGAGAGUUCAAAUGAUGUGCCUGACAGAAAUAAAAGUAAACCUUCUCCUUUGAUGACAAACAAUAAUCAAGUGAAGGUAGAUUCUGUCUAA